AUGGCAGAACACGGGGAUGCUGCUGAAGUCUGGCUGCUGCGGUUCUCCUUGACAUCUUUUCUGGACGACCUGGACCCCGAUUGGACUCCUGACAAUUAUGACUAUAGCUACGAGGAUGACACCCAGACAGAGAACAUGGCUGCUACAUCUGCUUACCCUGAGAAUCCCGACUGGUACUAUGAGGAGAACGAUCCGUGCCAGUCCAACCCCUGUGAGCACGGAGGGGACUGCAUUGUCAGAGGGAACACCUUCAAGUGCAACUGCCUGGCCCCUUUCUUUGGGAACAGGUGUCAGAAUGUGCAAAACAAAUGCCAAAACAAUCCCUGUGGGCGAGGAGAGUGUCUCGUGACCCAGAGCCCUCCUUAUUUCCGCUGCAUCUGUAAGCACCCUCACACAGGUCCAGACUGCUCCACAGUGGUUGCUGCGUGCAGGCCAAACCCCUGCCAGAAUGGAGGCACCUGCUCCCAGCACAAGCGGAGGACCCGGUUCCGCUGUGCCUGUCCUGACCAGUACUGGGGCAGAUUCUGCGAAGUUGGUCCUGAUGAUUGCUACACAGGCGAUGGCUAUUCUUAUCGAGGGCAGGUGAGCAGGACGGUCAACCAGCAUCCAUGCCUUUACUGGAACUCACACCUGCUCUUGCAGGAGAACUACAACAUGUUUAUGGAGGAUGCGGAGAUCCAUGGGCUUGGAGAACACAACUUUUGUAGAAACCCAGAUGGAGACAAAAAGCCCUGGUGCUUCGUGAAAGUGAACAGUGUGAAGAUCAAGUGGGAAUACUGUGCUGUUUCAGCCUGCUCGGCCCCAGCCGCAGAAAACCUUGAGGGGAGCCCUGCAGAGCCCCUGGUCCAGAUUCAGGGGUUCGACACCUGCGGGAAGACCGAAGUGGCACAGGGGAUGAUCAAGAGGAUCUACGGAGGCUUCAAGAGCACAGCCGGCAAGCACCCGUGGCAGGCGUCCCUGCAGACCACUGCACCUUUAACUGUCUCCAUGCCUCAAGGCCACUUCUGCGGGGGGACGCUGAUCCACCCCUGCUGGGUGCUCACUGCUGCCCACUGCACCGACAUAAAAGAAAAACACCUCAAAGUGGUGCUAGGAGACCAGGACCUGAAGAAGACAGAAUUCCAUGAGCAGAUCUUUGGGGUAGAGAAGAUACUCAAAUACAGCCGCUAUAAUGAGAGAGAUGAGAUUCCCCACAAUGACAUCGCUUUGCUCAAGUUAAAGCCUGUGGACGGUCACUGUGCUCAGGAGUCUAAAUACGUGAAGACUGUGUGCUUACCCGAUGAGUCCUUUCCCUCUGGGACCGAGUGCCACAUCUCAGGCUGGGGUGUAACGGAGACAGGGGAAGGUUCCCGCCAGCUCCUGGAUGCCAAAGUCAAACUGAUCACGAACACCUUGUGCAACUCCCGCAGCCUCUACAACCACAUGAUUGACGACAGCAUGAUUUGUGCGGGAAACCUUCAGAAACCUGGAACUGACACCUGCCAGGGUGACUCUGGGGGCCCACUGACCUGUGAGAAGAAUGGCACCUACUACAUCUACGGCAUAGUGAGCUGGGGCUUGGAAUGUGGGAAGAAACCAGGGGUCUACACACAAGUUACCAAGUUCCUGAGUUGGAUCAAAUCCACCAUCCAAAGGGAAACUGGCUUCUAA